AUGUCUAGCGAUUUCGCUAUCUAUAUUCGAGACAAGCUUUUCGACAGCAAAACAUCUGUCGACCAUAAAAUCUUACAUAGUGUAAACAAGAAAGGUGAAUUUGUUCUAAAGUUCUGUUUCUGGGAAUAUGACAAGAACCAUAAAACAUUAAGCAGAGAAGUCUUUAAGUUUGUCAAUGACAGACUUGUUGACAGAGAUGACGCCGAUUGGAAAGAUGAAGUCCAACAAAAGUUCUUAGAAUGCAAAGAAGACACAUGCGCUGUUCUUGAAGAUGAAAUAGAAAACAGAAUAGAAGAGCUAUUAAAGGACAAAGAACUUUUACAUAAAUAUG